GUUCUCUUGCGGAAGCUGCAGCAACACUUUCCGCUUUGCUUACAUGGCCGCUCCCCGCCCCACAGAUUAUAGCCCCCCCUCUCGCCUCUCGGCUUCUUCUUUCUUCUCCUUACCACCGCCGUCCACAGUCCAGAACGGAAACACAAUCUAGAGAUUAGAGCACAGUACGAAACGAAAGGGUUCGCCUCUGAUUCUGAUUCUGAAUCUUGAAUUGAUGUUGCUUUUCGCCGUCGCAAUGCCGGGCCCGGCGUGGACGGCCGCCGUCAACAGCAGGAGAACCACCACCACGACCCAUUUUCGUCCUCGUUUCUCCGUCUCCUCGGUGGCGGACGGUUUGGGUUUCCCUUCUUUUCUGCCGAAAGAAGUUGAGGGUAUCAAAGACCCAUAUGCGCGGAAGCUCGCUUCCAGAAUCCAGCGGCUCCCAGUUACUGUUGGGUCUUCGGGGGAUUGUAUAAUGAGCAGUUGUGUGAUGCCAUUGUCGUCGACUCAGAGCAGGGCUACUACUAGCCCGAUGGUUCUCCUCCAUGGAUUUGACAGUUCAUGCUUAGAAUGGAGAUACGCAUUGCCACAGCUUGAGGAAGCUGGAUUGGAGGCUUGGGCUGUUGAUGUUCUUGGUUGGGGUUUCUCAGAUUUAGGUUUGUUCUGUAUUUCAUCGAUUCUGCUCUGCAUGGGCUCAACUUUUAAUGUUGGUGAACAACAGCUUACUACCUUGUUUGUUUUUCUCCUUUUUGCUUCCAUUUUUGGCACUUUGAUGGAAUUCCUAGAAAAACUUCCACCAUGUAAUGUUCAAACAAAGAGGGAACAUCUGCAUCAGCUUUGGAAGACCUACAUUAGAAGGCCUAUCAUUUUGGUCGGGCCAAGCCUCGGUGCUGCCAUUGCGAUUGACUUUGCUGUCCAGUAUCCUGAAGCUGUGGAAAAGUUGGUUUUGAUUGAUGCAAGUGUGUAUGCUGAAGGGACAGGCGGCAUGGCGACACUACCCAGGACAGUAGCAUAUGCAGGGGUGUAUCUAUUGAAGAGUGCGCUGCUCCGUUUGUUUUUCAAUGCCCUCACCUUUGACUGGUUACCGUUGAGUACUAGCAUAGAUUGGAUGAAUAUCGGCCGUUUGCAUUGCACGUAUCACUGGUGGGCUGAUGCAACUGUGAACUUCAUGAGAAGUGGUGGCUAUGAUGUCGCCCGUCUUAUACCAAAGAUCAAUCAGAAGACACUGAUCAUUUGGGGGGAAGAUGAUAAGAUCAUCAGCAGCAAAUUAGGAGUGAGAUUACACUGUGAGCUACCAAAUGCAAUCAUACGACAAAUACCGAAUUGCGGCCACAUCCCUCACGUGGAGAAACCCAGCUCUGUUGCCAAACUGAUCAAGGAGUUUGUCCAGGACCAGGAAGAUCGUUCUAGAAAGGAGGAUCAGCUUGUUGGAACUCCAGUGUCUUAACUUGAGCAUAGCUCAGCUGCAGAAUUAGUUAGUUGCGACGUGGAUGUUUGGUCAUGUAACUGCUGAGAACUCGACCAGUGUUCAGGUUGAUAUGCUGCAUAACGGAAUUAGGAACUCCCGUAAUCUCUAGGAGCUUAAACUUGGUAGGAAAGUUGAUAUGUGACAUGUGCUGGUUGGUCUGCUUUAUUUUUGGGUAGAAUGCUGGUUGGUCUGCUCGUAAUGGAAUUGGAAGUAUCAGUAGUGAUAAUGAUCAAGGUUGUCAACCCGCAGGUUGACUCGGACCCGGUCGAGCUGAUGGGUCAAGGGUUAAUGGGUCACCCGGUUUAGUCUGGAAAUAUGGAAAUAGUUAUUAUAUUGUAUUUAUCCAGUCUUUAGCUAUCAAUAUGUACGUUGUGAUUUAUUCAUGAUCUUUUUUUUUUGUCAAAAGAUAUCAUAUAUUAAUCCAAGAUAAAUAGAUAGUUACAUCC